UACCUAUGCAAUCUUGGCUUCUAAGUUUUGGAUCUGGGGGGCUCGCUCAACGCGUUAUUUGUCAUCGAUUGCAGUUUGAAAUGUCCAUUACUGCCUCUUAGCAUAUACUACUAUUACCUUUCCUUUCUCUCCGGCUUUCCAGAAAGAUUUUUUUGAAAAAUCCAAGUGCACAAUUACUUGAAGUUUGCCUUUUUGCCAACCGGGCGUCCCAAUUUAAAGUUGUACCGCACUAUUUCAGUAAGAAAUGUAUGAUAACCUUGGAGCACAGCCUGGAGUUCCAAGACCGCCUGCUAAUACGCAGGCGAAUCCUUUUGGAAAUGCAUUCUCGGGUGCUAGCUCUGGUUUCAUCAGAGGUGGAUUAGGGGCUUAUGGAGAAAAAAUCCUUGGAUCUAGUUCUCAGUAUGUUCAAAGCAAUAUAAGUAGGUACUUUUCGGAUCCCCAGUACUACUUCCAAGUGAAUGAUCAGUAUGUGAGAAACAAACUGAAAGUAGUUCUUUUCCCUUUCCUACACAGAGGUCAUUGGACAAGAAUCACUGAGCCCGUUGGUGGCAGGCUAUCCUAUAAGCCCCCUAUCUAUGACAUAAAUGCUCCGGAUUUGUACAUUCCGUUUAUGGCCUUCGGAACCUAUGUUGUUCUUGCUGGCUUAUCACUGGGUUUGCAGGGAAGGUUUAGCCCAGAAGCUCUCAGUUGGCUGUUUAUAAAGGGGUUGGUUGGCUGGUUUUUGCAAGUUUCGUUGCUGAAGAUGACAUUGUUCUCACUGGGUAGUGGAGAGGCUCCUCUCCUUGACAUUGUUUCAUACGCAGGAUACGCUUUUACAGGAUUGUCCAUAGCUCUUUUGGGAACAAUUGUAUGGAACUGUUCUUACUACUUUUUGAUGCCAUGGACAUGCUUGUGCAUGGGAAUAUUUUUGGUGAAGACAAUGAAAAGAGUGCUCUUUGCAGAGGUGAGGACGUAUGAUUCAAGUAGGCAUCAUUAUCUCCUACUGUUUAUUGCCCUAGCUCAGUUCCCUCUUCUCUUUUGGCUUGGAAAGAUUAGCCUUAAUUGGUUCCUUUAAAUUACAUCUCAAGUUUUGUGGUUUGGCAUUUAGUAUGUUUUGGGAAAGGGAAGCUAGCAAUUUUCUGUAUGCCUCAUCACAUAGGCAUUUUAUUCUUGAAUGCUAGACAUCUAAAUGAGCUGAUUAGCCACUUAUUUUCCGUCAAAUUUAUAUGAAAGAGCUUGUAACGUCUAGAGGCGUCUCACUGUGUUAUCAGAAGUUCAGGAGAAGGAUUGAGAAAAGAUUUUUGUGGCACUUGUGUCGUAUCGAACUAGUUUUAUGCUGUCGUCUUUUUUAUCUUUUUCAGGUAGCUUCCAUUAAAUGAAAGUGAGACAUUUUGAUAUUCUCUAA